GGCUGUGGGCUGCGCUUGGUCCUGACGCAUCAUGGCGGCUGUGGGAAGAGCGAUGAGAGAGCGGCCGCGUCACUAGCGAAAGCGCCCGGAAAACAAAAAAAAUCCGCCGCCACUGCCACCAGGAAAAUGCCCACGCAGUCAGCGGACCGCAGAGUAGCGCUUGUGAGGCACGGUUUGAGAAGGAUAUCGGCGCGGAGCUGGAAUCGGGGCCUGUGAGGAAGGAUGAGCUGCAGCGGGCCGGCGCCAGUCACCAUUUGUUGCCGGAAAAUCAGGAAGAAAAGCGGCGGCCGCCGGGUGUUGUCGUGAGCAGUCGCUCGCAUCAAUGGGGGGCCGUGUAAAUGCUGGCGGUCGGCAGUCUUUGACAGCGGUUGAGCCGCGGCCGAGCAUGGCGAUGAGCGCCGGCAUCCUUCUGCUGCUGGCAUUGCGCACUGUCCAAGGCGCUCCACUUCCGCAAACAAGUGCAGGGGAAACAGCUGUUGAAGUCUCUUCGUCACUGCUCAUACUUUCAGGGUGCAGUUUAGUUGUCCUCGUCGUUCUGAUCGUGAACUGUGCAUCUUGCUGUAAAGACCCAGAAAUAAAUUUCAAGGAAUUUGAAGAUGAUAAUCUUGAUGAAGAAAAUGAUUUCAUACCACCUGCAGAAGAUACUCCAUCACCUCCAGCGCCUGCUGAAGUUUACACUCUCUCUGUUCCAAAUAUUAUGCUCUCUACUCCAACGCAACUUCAUUUAUCUAAAACACAAGGAGUAUCUUCAGCACCUUUUGCGCGUCAUCACCUUAGCUACAUUCAGGAAAUUGGAAAUGGCUGGUUUGGUAAGGUUCUUCUUGGCGAGUUCUACCAAGAUUCCAGUUUAGUCCGAGUGAUUAUAAAAGAACUGAAAGCCAGUGCAAGCUCAACGGAGCAUCAGCGAUUCCUUAAAAAUGGAGAGGCUUACAGAGUUUUGCAACAUCCAAAUGUGCUCCACUGCUUGGGACAAUGCGUGGAAGCUGUCCCUUACCUGUUGGCAUUUGAGUUUUGUCAGCUGGGUGACAUAAAGGGCUACUUGCACAGUCAAAAGCAUGAGCAAAAUCCACUUGGUUCAGAAAUACUGCAGCUGCAAAGGAUGGCCUGUGAGAUCGCUGCUGGACUUGCUCACCUGCACAAGCACGGUUUUGUGCACAGUGAUUUAGCACUACGGAACAGUUUCCUCACAACAGAUUUGACAGUAAAAAUCGGCGAUUAUGGCAUAGGAUUCAGCCGGUACAGGGAGGAUUAUAUUGUAAGCAAUGAUGGGCAAUAUAUUCCAUUGCGGUGGAUCUCACCUGAGCUCGUGGGUGAUGUUUAUGGAAGCAUGGUCGUCGCGGAACAGACAAGACAGGGCAAUAUUUGGUCUUUGGGUGUUGUAUUAUGGGAGUUAUUUGAGAACGCCUGCCUGCCCUACAUGCACCUUUCUGACAAAGAGGUGCUAAUCUUUGUUAUAAAGGAACAGCAAAUUAAACUCCCUAAACCUCAGCUGGAGUUGACUCACUCUGACAGAUGGUAUGAGGUUCUGCAGUUUUGUUGGCUAGCCCCAGAGAAGAGGCCAACAGCAGAGGAGAUUCACAGACUGUUAACUUACCUCCGCAUGCAGAGCCAGAAGGAAUGUGAAGAUGACUUUGAAAUAAGAUGGAACGCACUAAAGUCCAGCAACAGCAAUAGGCAAGCUACGGCAAACAACUCAUCAUUUCCAAUCCUGGAGCAUUUUGUUGCCGACAGAUUGAACCAGGAAAUGGACGAUAUCCUCACCGUUACCGAAACUAGUAAAGGGCUAAAUUUUGAGUAUGUCUGGGAGACUGCUAAACUUGACCAUUUUGAAGAACAUGUUCAGGGAAACGAUGGAGCAAAGGUCAACUAUCAGAGCAUUUUCUACCCCACAGUCGCUUUCGAGAAAAGUGGUUUCUCGGUCGUCCACACACAUUCAGAUGAUAAAAUUGCUAGAAAAGAGGAGAGUGGAAGCCCACUUUUAUCAGGGAUUGUGCCUGUAUUUGAUACCCAUUAUCCUUCUAUUGGAAAUGAGUACUAUAUACAGUUGGAGGAACAAGGUGAAACUAACGUGGGUGUUGAUGAAAAUUCAAGCUAUCCCAACGAGGGAGCUUUCCAGAACAAAGAUUCCCAGUCCUUUGUUAUUCUCGGAGACUCUGGAGAUGAUUUGAGUACAGAUGUUGAUUUCUUCCUACACUCCAAUCAAGACUUGCACAAGUCCGAAGUAAGCGAGGCAUUGUUUAGUUCCUGCACUUCUAGUUACGCUGAAAGCCCUCGCCACAAUGAUAUCUUUUAUGAUCACAAGCUGGAGGAGAUGACUUUUAACAAAGGAAUCUUGAACACUGAUGAAAUCAUCAUGCUGGAUCUGCCUGAGCUUACGGACACUAAAAGGAUAAAUGCAUCUGGUCUAAUUUUAAACAAAGAAACUCCCAUGGAGUCGCUAAUCCAUCAAUCUCUGCCGCUUGAUUUGAAUGCUUCCAGCCCCAUUUUGGACGAAAAAACAGACUUAAUUUACAACAAAAACAUCGAUAAUGACGGCAGCCUUAUGUUCCAAUCCGAGAAAUUACCUUCUAACUUUUUUCUUAAAGAAAAUAAACUUUUACAGGACUCUUCACCCAAAGGUGAUGCUGGCAAUGAUGCAGGAAAUGAUGAAGGAGGUUCACUGAAUAACUUUGCUUUAUUGGAUAUGAACGUUGCCUGCAUUACUUCGCCCAUCAGUGCUAACAGUCCAAAAGACCCAGGGUUAACUGAUCAGAGUAAGCAAUUAACCAGUGUUCAACUGCAUGGAAUUGCCUGCAAUGUUACUGACCAAAUGUAUCCACAGAGUGGAUCAGUUCAGAUUCCAGCAGACAGCAAAAGGGCACCAUGCAUUUUAUUGGAUGAUGAUAAAUUCACUUGUGAAGAAAGGCAAGUUAAACAGGAGUUAGAUGAAGGGUUUUUAAUGUAUGAUAGCUCAGGGUUAGGAUGUGACACUACUGAAGGACGCAUUUUCAAAUGCGCUUCCACUUUGCCUCAAGCACACUGCCAAGGGACUGCUCAGUGCAGUGAAAGUGCCGCUGCUAGCAUGUGCAAUAAUGCCAAAAUGCACCACCUCGCUGAAAGUGAAACAGUGGAAGGAAAUGCAACCGAAGUCAGAGUAACAGAAUUGGCAAAGCAAAUUGAAGCUUCAGAUGUUGAAUCUAUAGCGCCGGCGCACAACGCCGUCAACACAGAUAGAGAUAUCUUGCGCCACUGCGUGCAAGACACCAGUAUAUUAGCUGGACCCUUGUCCGAGCUCACCUUAAAAACAUUAGCAACCACUUCCCCUUCUGAAACCUCAAGUGAUUCUGAAACUGUUGAAUCAUUGACUUCAAACAAAUAUAUUUGUUCAGAGAUUUCUAAAAUGCAGGACACUGUUCCCUUGUCUGAAACUCCUUGUGGGUCCAAAAGUGUUGAAUUGUUAGCCCCCAAUCAUUCUGGGGACACUUCAGUAGACACUUUAGAAUCUUUGGAGAUGACUGAUGUGGAUGAACCCUUCUCCUAUAGCUUUGUAAAUACAAAAUCAAUGGUUUCUGUGCCUUGCUCGGAUUUAUCAAGUCAAGUUAGCCCUGUAGAAGAAGAGGUUGCAUCGGUCAUGCAUCCCAGUUCAGAACAAUCUACAGGUACACCAGAUUCAUUGGAUUCGCUCGAGAUGCAUGGGGUGAUAGAGACUUUAGAAACGCAAAAUACAGUUUCUCAGGAGUUAAAGCCGCCUCAGAAACAGCCUGACAGUGGCUAUGAAACUGAAAAUAUAGAAUCGCCUGAAUGGUCUUCGCAAUUGUACAGCGCAAAUGCACCUCCCACCUCUACUGAUCUAAAUGCUUCCAGUGACGAGUUACCUAAUACUUUCCCUUCAAAUCCACUUAUUAUUAUUUCCAAGGAGGAAACUCUUCCAGAUGUAGAAAUCGUUGAUGUAGAUGCUUCCAAGGAAGCCUCAAAUAUGUUGAGUAACGGAAACCAAAAUUCCCACCGAGACUCUGCUUAUUUCUCGGAUAAUGAUUCUGAACCAGAGAAAAGAGCAGAUUGCGAUAUUACCCAGAGUGCAAAUGAAGAAAAUGAUCUUAAGAACGGGGUUGAUUUUGAAAUUGUUAUUCGUCACGGUGACAAUGUCACAACAACUUCUGAUUUCCCUGACGCACAACCGGAUAUCUUAGGGGAAAUCUCGGGCGACAAGAGUAAGUUGCCGCCAUCGUACAGCUCAGGCCAAGGUGAAUUUCCAAAUAACUUUCAAAGUGGAAGCCCAGGCAACUUCAUGAAGAUAAACACCGAUGCAAAAUCUGAGAGUUCGGAUGUGUUGAGGGCAGUUGACAUUGAUGAAUCAGGAUCGGAGAUUUUGUGCAGCACUGCCGAUAGUAGCAAUCCGUUUUCUGAAGAUAUGAAGGAAGACUUUGAAAUAAUUGUUGAGAAGGACAUUAAGAAACCGUUGUCAAGAGGUAAUGAAGGAGUUAGAUUGAAGGAGCCAGACAUUGAAGGCCGGUACCUUGGCAGAUUAGAUGCAUCUGAACUCUUUAACCUUUCCGAAGAACAAGAUGGGAUGGAGGCUGAUGAAGAAGAUGAAAACAGUGAUGAUUCUGAGGACGAGUACAGAGGCUAUUCUCUCAAUAGUCCCAGUUCGGAGAGUGAAGAUGAUGCAGUGCACCCAGUGCCAAUAGUGGUGACUGAGAAUGAUGACGGGAAAGCUCUGAAGAGUUUGUUGAAAGACUUUAGCCGCAGGCCCUCUGAAUCCCUGGAAACAGACCCGAGAACGAAGCAAUUGAAGAAGAUAGUAUCGUUUUUCGACGAUGUCACAGUCUUCUUGUUUGAUCAGGAGACCCCUACCAAAGAAUUGGGAGAGCAUUCAGCAGCAGAAAACAGUUUGGUAUCUGACAGUGGCAGCCCUGUCACACUAACUGGACCCCAUUCCAGGAUCUCGAACUCUGAGAGUUCCACUGAUGAAGAAGGUGGUGGUUUUGAAUGGGAUGAUGAUUUCUCCGUAUCCUCUUCAGAGUCCUCGUUUAUCUCGCAAACAGCAAACCGACUUGCCUCCCUAAAACAGUCUUCGUCCCCGGCUUCCAGAUAUUUUUCACCACCACCGUCCUCUCGGACAUUGGAGCAAAAUUGGACAGAUACAUCGUCGUCAUAUUCUAGAUUUUCUAUCUCUCCUUCCAACAUUACAAACUUCUCUUUGACUCACCUUACGGAUUCCGAUAUGGAACAAGGAGGAAGCAGCGAAGAUGGUGAAAAGGACUGAAUGACAACUGCGAAGGAAGGUGCUUUGAUUUUUUUUUUCCUCCACUGUAUCUGAACGUCUGACAGACCAAGCCAGCUCAGAUUUACAGUAAGAUGGAUAAAUCAACCAAAUGCUUUCCACAAAAUUGAAAUGUGUCUGUGCACAAAAAGGGAUAAAAUGGUUGUAUUUGUAUCCAUGUUCUACUAAAAGUUUGUUCUGGCUGGACAGUGUUCAGUAUUCAGUGUCACAUCAGUGGAGGUCUGUGUUAAGACCUUGAACAAGCCAUGGAUACAACUCUUGGAAAUCACCUGUUGAAUUCCUUGUAACUUUAUGGAUGGUUUCACUUUGGCAGACAUAGGAUUAUUAACUGUCCACUAAUUUUUUUUUUUGUCCCAGUUAAAGUACUGUAAUGAAGAAUUGAAAAGCGGUUUUACCUGCAGUUUUCUCUAUAAAGUGUUGUAUUCAACCUGUAAACGCUUGCUUUUUGUUCCAGAGAAAGGGAUGAUCGAUUUCAUGAUAUACAUCUAAGGUGCAAUGAGGUUUGAAAAGAUGUUUUAUUUCCGAAUGUGCAUUCUGUAAAAUGCAUCUGAUGAUUUUAUGUUUCUCCGGUUUUGUAGUUGAGCUGCCUGUCACCACAAAGGCAAAUUUCCUAUCCAAUAUGGCAGUCCUGGUUUCCAGUAGGAAUAUAAAUGCAAUGACCAAAAAUUGUUUUGAUAAUUCAAUUGGGUUCCGAACAGUGUCUCUUUAAGAAUACCUCUUUUCAGAUUGGGCCACAAGAUAUAUGCACAGCAAUUAUAGAUUGCAAAGUGUUUAAACUAGCCUGCCAACCACUGGAUAAAGCCAGUGAUGCAGCUGAACUAUUCAUACUUUCAACACUACUCAUACCCCCACACAUGUGACAGGUAUUUACCAAUUGUUUUGUAAACCCUUAAAAAAAUUUAAAUAAAAAUGUAAAAGUUCAGAUAUAACUUCACUGACUAUUGUGGGACAUAUAUUCCAUAAGGUUAUUGAGGCCAGUGUGAGUUGUGUUUUCAGGCACUUUAUAAAACAAAUGAUUACUUGGACCCACGUUGUAGCCCAGAGUCCUGAAGUGGUCACUUCUCGACUUGCCUGUGGCUCUCAGCAGAUGGUACUGCUCUGUCUCUAGGACGUAUCCACAACACACUAAUAUUGGAAUUCAGAAAUCGAAAGUUAUUGUCUGAACAGUGAUGUAUAAGUGUCAAGUGACUUAAGGUUGUUGUGCAGAAUCAGGAUUGUCUCACCAAUCGAACAGUGACCUUCUAGGAGCAAACAUUGCAGAGAAGAGAGGAAAAGAUUUGACUUCCCAAGUGUAGCGUUGGGUGACUAUUCAAAGGAAUGAAUCCCAGCUACCAUUCAGAUAUAUUGAGAUCUUCAGUUAUAAAGCAUGUUUCAUUUCAGUUUUUCUUCAGCUGCUUGUUUUUAUUACUAAAUGUGGAGAUGUGCUCAUCAAUACCCGGGGGCCAGCAAGAUUUGCUGGUACUUUAUCCACAUUGGCAUAGGUAAAAAGCAUUGGAAGCAACUCUUAUGGUCGAAUCCGUCACCGCCGAUCCUGUAACUCGGUGUCCAUGUUGCGCUGGGAGUUACUCCUUAGCAAUUGUGAGCCCCUGACAGAUAGUCUAGGUCCAAGGCUGCUUGUACUAACAGAUUAUUGUAUAGGAUAAUACCAGAAAUAGUCCUCAGCUGUUUAGUUCAGUGUUUUAAAGUACAUAAAUAGUAACUGGUUUGGGAAACAUUACAUUUUGCACAUGGAAUGUUUUAUUAAUGGCUAAAUGAACCUUUAAAAUAAACCUUGAAAACUGGGCAUAGGAGCACUGCCCUGCAGCAGCGGGCUCUGGCAUGGUUGCUGUGGUGAUGCUUCAUUCAGGGGAAUGCAUUCACUGCUCCCUUGACUAGUGAUCCUGCCAGCUCCUUUGCACUUAUUUGGAUUGCUCCAUCUGAAAAUUUGCACCAGGUUAAAAAUUCCCCUAGUUGUUAGGUUAGGUACUGAUUGUAACUGGAAUUAAUUAGUGCCUCCACAAUGCACAAACCACCUGUCAUAAUAGAACACCAGUUCUCUGUCCAAAAUAUACUUCCCUGCUGCAAAUCAUCCCGUUCUCAUGCAUUAAUUCAAGGAAAUAACAUUUACAAUCUAUGAAUGAUUACUCGAAUGUUGUGCUUGACAUAUUUAAAAGAUCGCAGACGAACAACAAAAUACAGUCUGUUGAUUCUGUAUUUGCAUGUGGCUCCAGAACAGGAUCUAGCCUUGUGGUGACCUUGUGGUUUGCUGAAUGGCUGAUUAGAUGAGCUCAAACACUUUGUAUUGGGACUGCAGGUGAGUCCUAACAAGUCGAUCAGAAAUGGUGGAAAGAUAGAAAGCAUGGUAUCAAUACUGACUGGGAACUGCCUCUCACCAACUCCCAUUACACAACCUGUACCUCCUCUGUUGCGAAAGAAUACUCCACUACACUUGAGGUUACCAGCCAAAUUCUAACCUAAAACGUGCAGUCUUUGCUGGUAUUGCUAGCUGUGCAAUAUUUUAACCUUGCACACAAUUCCUUUAAUGAUUGUUGGUAGUUGUGAGCUGCCAUUAAUAAAAGCAGCUCAAAACUGUUGCAAGCGUUAUCAACAGGCAAAUACAAAGACGAGUGCUCCUUCAGAGACGUGCACAAAAUAUAUUUUGCAAUUAUUGGAUAUUUUUAUUUGCAAAGCCAGGCUGUACACCCAAAGGUGGAAAAAGUGUAUGGAAAGGUGACAAUGAUAAGCAAUGCAAAAUCAAAUUAUAUUCAAUUGACUCUGGUGUGGGGGCGGGGCCAGUUUCAUGUUUGCUGUAGGAAGAUAGUGUUUAGGUGGAUGAUGCUCUUCAUUCUGUAUUCUAAUGCAAACUCAUGUUCUCUCUUAGACACACAAAGCUGAAGUAACUCGGCGGUUCUGAGUUGAGAUCCUCCAGCUUUUUGUGUCUAUCUUUGGUGAAAACCAGCAUCUGUAGUUCCUUCCUACACCUCAUUUUCCCUCUUGGUUGCCGUAUUUUCCCAGUGCUAGUCAAUUGGCCUGUUGGCCGAUUACUUGACAGAUGUUUAUGGAAAUGGCAAAAAGUAAUUUUCAAGAAAGAAUGGUAUAACACUUUGAACGUCGCCUUCUCUGCUCAAAGGAGAUAACGAACAAACCGGUCGGCCAAACUCCGGCAGGUGGAUGUGCUUGAGCAUUUUCCCCCGCCAUAAGCAGUCUCUAUAUCCCGCCCAGCACACCGUGAAAGUUAGCGUUGCUUCCAUGUCCCCGUUACCUUGUCAGGCUUGUCCAGAACUGUACAGCUGUUGGGCGAUUUUGUUUAUAACUGUAUACUUAGUUCCUAACUCCAGCUGCACCGAAUGUUUUCAGAGUUCAAUGCUGAAGAUAGCCUGCAUAAUCGCUAUCAUAUUAUAAAGCAAAGUGCAAAUAAUCAGCCUUGGUGUGCAGAAGGUGUUGCCAUAGCACUGCACAUAUCUGAGACUUUUUAAUCGAUGAAACGUUUUGGCCAGUCCUGUAAAUGUAAACCUUUGGAAUGUGUUUCAAUGAUCGAAAACAGCAUGUUCCUCGCAAAAUAUUUUUUCUUAGGGUUCAUUCUUGAAGAUAACUUGUAAAUAUUGAAGACUUCCUCCUCCCCACCUGUAAUCCCUCCUUAAACCUAAAGUUGUGUAUAGUAUUUUUGUUCCCUGUAGCCUAUUCUACCUUAUUUUGAAUAGAACUAAAUUGUUGAUGGAAAUAUCAGAUCAUUUUGUGCAAUGCAUUGCUUUAUCUUGCACAGUUGAAGUGUAACUUAAUGUUUGAUGGUACUGGAUGUAUAUAAAUGUUUAAUUUUGUCUGUAAAUGGGAGAUGAUGUAACAAAGUCAUAGGCACAAGGUUUUCUUUUGUAAUUUAAUAAAAAAGAUAUAUGAAAUUACUGAUUACAUAUCACAGUUAAUAAAGAAAAUCAGGUCACUGUUCAUGAAAUAUGUACAUUUUGAUAUGUAAUAUUUUUACUUUGAUUUCCAUGCAUAGUGUAAUUCGAUAAAUUGUUUGUAAUUUAAAUGCACUAUGGAUAUUUAAUAUUCAGAAUAAAGUCAAAUGAAUUAAUUUA